UUUAGUGCCUGAAUGAAAAGACAGGAACGAAGCCUGCUCCAAAGAAGCAGAUUCGCGACGUUAAAUAUCGACUUCUACCUUCAGCUUUCUCACCUUUUGUGUUGAAUCUACGAGCCCUUGCACAGUGCGUGUUGGACGUGACAGAGAAGCAUGGACUCUCGAAAAGUGGCAGAGUUGAAGGGCUUCGUGCAACUAUGCGAGUCCAAUCCCGCCGUCCUGCAACUUCCCGAGAUGGCUUUCUUCCGGACCUGGUUGCAGAGCAUGGGUGCAAAGAUACCUUCCCAAUCCUCCCCCAAAGGUCAUUGCCAGGGCGAGUGUCCUUGUGGUCCGCCUCCGACAUCGACAGCUUCCCCAACUGAGCCUGAGCCUCCCAUGCCAUCUGAGAGCGAGGAGAGUGAACUUGAAAUAGAUCUUGAGGGUGUCAUUGAACCAGACACGGACGAGCCACAGGAAAUGGGAGAUCCGGAUAAUGUUGAGGUGACGGAAGAGAUGAUGGACAUGGCCAAUGACAAGAAGAUGGAAGCCAUUGAUGCUCUUGGAGAAGGAGACCUCCAGAAAGCUCUGGAUCUUUUCACCGAAGCCAUCAAGCUGAACCCCUGUGUGGCCAUCAUGUAUGCAAAGAGGGCAAGUGUUUAUAUUAAGAUGCUGAAACCCAACGCAGCCAUCAGAGACUGUGACCGAGCCAUCAAGAUCAACCCGGACUCGGCGCAGCCUUACAAGUGGAGGGGAAAAGCUCACAAGCUGCUUGGCCAUUGGGAGGAGGCCGCCCGGGAUCUGGCCACAACAUGUAGACUGGAUUAUGAUGAGGAUGCUGACGCACUGCUUAAGGAGGUUCAACCGAAGGCUAACAGAAUCAUCGAGCACAGGCGCAAAUAUGAACGAAAGAGGGAAGAGAGGGAGAUCAGGGAGAAACAAGAGCGUAUCAAGAAAGCAAGGGAAGAGCACAGUCGGGCUCAGAAGGAAGAGGAAGCCAGAGGAGGGCCAGGAGCAGGAGGAGCAGGAUUCUUCCCAGGUGGUGCGGGAUUCCCUGGUGGAUUCCCCGGCGGAUUCCCAGGCGGAGCCGGCAUGCCCGGUCUCAAUGACCUCCUGCAGGAUCCCGAGCUGCUCACCGCCAUGCAGGACCCAGAGGUGAUGGCUGCUUUACAGGAUGUGGCUCAGAACCCAGUGAACAUCACAAAGUACCAAAGCAACCCCAAGAUCAUGGCGCUCGUCACCAAGCUGAGCUCAAAGUUUGGGGGCGCUGCCCCUCAGCCGUAGACGGGGCCAGACCAGAGAUGAGGCGAGGAUUUUGUUCGCUGCAGCGAUGUUUUUGAGGGCUUUUCAGUAAACCUAUGAUGCGCAUAUCAAACCUUUUCAGUUGGUCACUUAAUCGGAGUGCUUGUUUUUUAGAGGAGCUGGGGGUGAGUUCAAAUCAAAACUAUUUAAUCAGUACUAAAAGCAACCAGGGAGGUUUCUGAGACAUAUCCACAUGACCUCUAACUUAGCUUGCAAUUAACCACAAAGUUGAUGUUUCUUGCAUUUGCAAUCUGAGAGCUCCUGCACUCGUUAAACACAUUUUUACAGUCAUUUAAACAACAGUGAGGGUUUGUUGGGAUGUGGGAACCAAACCAAUGGUGUGGUCAUUAAGAAAAGAGGUAAGAAGUCUGACCUAGUUAGGAAAAAUGGUUAAUAAAGCUUGUUUCUAAAAGGCA